CGGGAGCGGGGAGCUGGGCGGCACCAUGUUGUGGAGCUGGCGGGGGCCGGCGGCGGCCGGGCCAUGGCGGGCGGGCGGCGGGCGCGGGGUACCAGGAGAUGCUUCAGUGGUGAGACACCUUUUACAAUGCAAGUUAGGCAUGAAAUUCAUCAACUAACAUCCCCUUCCUCACCCUGAUCUCCAACAGACUUCCCGUAACGCUUGGAAGAAAGGGGCAGGGGAGAAGGGCUGAAGGGCACCAUGAAGCUGAAGCAGCGAGUCGUGCUGUUGGCCAUCCUCCUCGUCAUCUUCAUUUUCACCAAGGUUUUCCUCCUCGACAACCUGGACACGUCGGCCGCCAACCGCGAGGACCAGCGCGCGUUCCAGCGCAUGCUGUCGGGGCUGCGCGUGGCGCUGGAGCCGCGCCUGGAGCACACGCUGCAGUCGCCCUGGGAGAUCGCCGCGCAGUGGGUGGUGCCCCGCGAGGUGUACCCCGAGGACACCCCCGAGCUGGGCGCCGUCAUGCACGCCAUGACCACCAAGAGGAUCAUCAAAGCUGACGUGGGAUACAAGGGGACGCAGCUGAAGGCUCUGCUGAUACUCGAAGGGGGGCAGAAGGUCGUCUUCAAGCCCAAGAGAUAUGCCAGGGAUUAUGUAGUGGAAGGAGAACCCUAUGCUGGCUACGACAGACACAACGCAGAAGUGGCAGCCUUUCACUUGGAUAGAAUCCUGGGUUUCCGCCGGGCCCCGCUGGUGGUUGGCAGGUUUGUGAAUCUGCGCACAGAGAUCAAACCAGUGGCCACCGAGCAGCUCCUGGGCACCUUCAUGACUGUGGGCAAUAACACCUGCUUCUACGGGAAGUGCUACUACUGUCGGGAAACAGAGCCAGCGUGUGCGGACGGGGACGUCAUGGAGGGCUCGGUGACCCUGUGGCUGCCGGACGUUUGGCCCCUCCAGAAGCACCGGCACCCCUGGGGCAGGACCUACCGGGAGGGCAAACUGGCCAGGUGGGAGUACGACGAGAGCUACUGCGACGCCGUGAAGAAAACGUCUCCGUACGACUCGGGCCCGCGCCUGCUGGACAUCAUCGACACGGCCGUGUUCGACUACCUGAUCGGCAACGCCGACCGGCACCACUACGAGAGCUUCCAGGACGACGAGGGGGCCAGCAUGCUCAUCCUGCUGGACAACGCCAAGAGCUUUGGAAACCCUGCCCUGGAUGAAAGAAGCAUCUUGGCUCCUCUCUAUCAGUGCUGCAUCAUCCGGGUCUCUACCUGGAACAGGCUGAACUACCUGAAGAACGGCGUCCUGAAGUCUGCCUUAAAAACCGCCAUGUCGCACGACCCCAUCGCGCCUGUGCUCUCCGAGCCUCACCUGGACGCCCUGGACCAGCGCCUCCUCAGCAUCCUGGCCACAGUGAAGCAGUGCACGGACCAGUUUGGGCCAGAUGUUGUGCUGGUGGAAGACAGGAUGACCCUGUCUCACCUGUAAUCGUAGCGGAACACGAGCUGAAACUCCCGUUUCUAAAAACGAACAAACAAAAAAGGCGAUAGAAAAACAGCACAAUCAGUUCAGAAGGGCUGUGGCCAAGAUGGACUGACAUGAACAGGAAAGCUCCCGAGCCAGAGGAAGGGAGGUGACACUGGCUUUUUCUUUGGGCUGGCAGCAGUGAGAGGCGGGAAGGGGCCCUCGGUGGCUCAGCCCCCGCGGUGGCGUCGUGGCCGCUGUGGCGUGUCCAUUGCCGGCAGUGGGCAGUGCAGUGGAACACACAGCUCCUUUGUGGACUCAGUCUGGAGGGGACAGACAGAGAUGAACAGUACAGUCCUCUCCUCUUCCCCCAUGCUCUGGCAAGUUUGUCUGAUUCAGGGUUGUACACAAUCAGCUCUGAGCUGGUUGGGCAUUUUACUGCUUCUCUACAGAACGAGCAAGGGGCAAAUAAAAUAACUAUUAGACUGAAGAGUUGUGCCACCCCCCCAGGGUGGGAUGUUCUUCUGAUUGUCUGAGGGAUGGGAGAGGGGACUUCUGCUGCUCACUUGGCUUUUCCUUGAUAAAAGGCUGGGAAAGGGGGUUGCCUCAUA